GGAGACGAGUGGCAAAUAAUUUACCUUUCAAACACCUUCUUUUUUUAAUAUUCAAGUGAUCAAAUAUUUUCCGAUUAAUGAUAUGCGUAAUGACCAACGAUAAAGUACCAUAUAAUUUUAUAGUUUCAAGUUUCAACAACCAUAUUCUGUAAAUCAUGUUUUAUGAAUAAUUUUUGUAUUUUAAAAAUAAAGGUUCAUAUCACUUUAUAUUAAAUUUCGAUUCACCAAUGUUCUCACUUAAAUUUAAUUCAAAGACUUCUAUAGUAAGCAGAGGCGUGCCUAUAGUGUAUUGAAAAAGGCCUUCGCCUUAGGCCCCCGAAUAAUAUUACGUUUUUAGGGCCCCAAAAUUUAAAAUAAUUUUUAGUUUAGUUGCUUAAAUUUAUUUCUAAAAAAAACUUUCCACGAGAAUCGAAUAACUCAAUUUCUAAUUUCAUAUAUUUUUUUAUAUGACAUAACAUAGCAUAUUUACGUAAUAAACUUAUUUUUGUAAGUGUUAAACUUAUGUAUUUCGCGAAGGUGAUAUAUCGUAUUAAAUUUUUUUUUUUAUAGUUGUAUAUAAAUUUUUUUUUAAAAACUUGCCUUAGGCCCCUAUAACCCUUCGCACGGCACUGAUAGUAAGAAAUUUAUUUUGACCGGGAAAUAUAAUUUAGUUUAAUAGAAAUAUUGAAGAAAAAUGACAGUUGCGUACUUGCAUAGUUGCAUGUAUAUAUAUAUGUAUUUUUUUUUAUGGAAUUUUGUUUUCUCUUUGAUUCUCAGUGAGAUCAAUUUAGUGGGACACACCAGAAGAACUAUGAUAGGACCCUUGACUAAUACUCAGCUAAUAAAUCUUAAUUUAUUUUUCUGAUGAGAGUGACAUUUCCGAAAGCAUACUUUGGACCACUUUUAAGGUCUAUUCCCAACUUAUCUUGAACCCAAUAAAAGCAUUAUAACUAUAUAUAUAUAUAUAUGUAUAUAUAUCUUACAAAUAAAAUAAUACAUUGCCUUGGGUCUAUUAUUUGAGUCUUCGAAUUACUUUUAAGAGUUUAAAAAAAAAUCUAGUAACUUUAUAUAUGUAGAUGUUGUAUCGUGUUGUUGAAUCUUAAACAAUCCAAUAAUUAUCAUGCUAUUUAUAUUCGUUUAUUCUUUCAUAAUUCUCUAAUUCUGCUUUUAAGAUUUAAAGUAAUAAAAGAUAUAGCAAAAAGUUAAAGAACAUUUAAAAAAAAACUAUAAUAGAAGAAUUAUACUGAUAUCAUGAAGUAAUACCUAGUUAACUUGUUGAAAAAAUUAUAUAGUUAACUUUUUUUCUUUUCUUUACAUAAAUAUAUAGUUAAUUUUUUUGUUUGACUAUAUACAUUUAACUUAAACAGACAGAUCUAGCAUAUGUUAUUAUAUCCCUGUUUUUUUUUUUUGCGUUUAGUAUUGUUCUUGGAUUCGAAAACUUUUAAACGAGAGGGUUUAAAUUUUAAGACAUCACCAGAAGAAAAUAUGCAAUUAACCAUGUGGGUUUGUGACAUCAGAGACAGAACAAAAUGAUGCCAUGGCACAGACACAAGAGCCCAAGAGGCUAUCCUAGUUUUUUUUUUUACCGAACACAAAUGAUUUUUUUUGAAGGAUAUUUUUGAAGAAUUUCAUUUUUUUUGUAUGUGAGGAAGAAAAUUAUAAGGAAUUUAUACUGUCUUGCAUAUAUUUACCCUUUUUAAAAGAGGUUCGGUCACAUCGAUCGUAAAAGUGUAAUGAUUUUGUCACUCAAAAUUUCUCAUUAUUAUUUACAUAAAUAUCUCAUCUCCAAUCUAUACCUAUUUUUUUUAUAAUUCCUACAAAAAUAGAGUAACUGUAUUAUAUAAUAAACCAUUGGAGCAAAACCUACUCUAUAAUAGAAUUACUUUAUUUUUGUAGGAAUUAUAGAGGAAAAAAUAGGUAUGAGUUAGAGAUGGUCUAAUAGAACUAAAAAAAACCCAAUUUUGAUGCCAAACCAUCUUUAAAGAUUAUUUUUUAUCGUCAUUCUUACUAACAAACAUUAGAAAAUGUUACAUAUCGUUUUUCCAAUUUAGAACAUAACUUGAGUUUCUAAUCCUAUCCUGUUUAGCUAAUUUAUCUGCAACAACAUUACAAGACCUUUUAAUUAAGAUAAACCCCUUGUUGUAUAUUUUCUAAAAGAAAUUUAAGAAUAAAAUAAUAAAAAGGGAAAAGAAUGAGAAAAUAUAAAAACAUGUUCUCGUAAAAAAAAAACUAAAAAAGCUAAGAUAACACCAAUGGACCCGUAAAUCAUAUAUCUCUUUUUAGGUAGUCCAACAAUUCAAAUUUAAAUACAUAUCUAAAUAAUUCUUAAAUAUUAAUAUAAUAAUUAUGAAAACCCCAGAAUUCCAUGGAAAUUAAUGCUCUAAGAGCAUCUCCAACUCAAGACCUCAUUUUAAGGAGAGCAAAACUUCAAAAUGAAAAUUUGAGAGUUGGUUACUCUAACCAUGAAUCCUCAAAAAAAUCCUUAAAAAUUUAUUUAUUUGCAUUAUAGUUCUUAUCAUUAACAAAAGUUACUAAUAAUGAUAAUAACUUUACAAAUACAUAUAGAACAUAUUUUAAAUAUCAUACAACACACAAUAUUACAAUAUAAUAUAUUAAAAAUAAUACAAAUUACAUAUAUAGUAAAACAACACACAUACACAUAAAUUUUAGAAAAUUACAUAUAAAAUACCAAAUUACUCAAGCAUUAUUUCUAAAAUGCUCUCAUAUGUGCUCAAUCAAUGCAUUCCGAAGUGAUAAGUGAGCAUCCUUAAUUCCUUAUUCCAAAAUGCUUACAUAUAAAAUACCAAAUUCCUCAAGCAUUAUUUCCAAAAUCCUUAAAAGCAGUAUUUGCGAUUGGAAAAAGCGAAAAUCAUACAAAAAUGAACUGAACAAGAGCAGCAACAACCUUCAAUUGAUCCGAAUAUGUAUCAACCAUAUUUCGAUUAUUUUGGAGGGUCAAGAUCUGGUUAGCCGAUGAAUUCUGGUAUUUUGAUACCACUUGUAAGAUAUGUAAUAUUUAAAUGUUCAUGUAAUUUGCUUUAAUUUAUGUUAAGUUUGUUUAAUGUAUUUUUAUUUGUAUGAGUUUUAUUUAAUAUAUUUUCUAUUUGUGUGAAUUUUGUUUUCUGUGAGCUUUAAUUAAUGUAUUUUUUUAUUUGUGUAAAUUUUAUUUUAAUGUUAUGUAAUAUUUAUUCUAUUUUAUUUUAUUUUGGUGUACUUAAACAUAUCUAAAUAAAGUUAGUAGAUCUAUUUAUGAAAGAAAAUAGUUGUAAGGACUAAAAAGCAAAUGAAUAGUAGUUUUGAGGUUUUGAAUAGUAAAACCUCAAAUUUAAAGUGUCAUUAUUCAAAAACUCAAAAUUUGAGGAUUUGAGGUUGGGUUGGAAUGACAAAAACCUCAAAAUUUGAGGAUUUGAGGUUGGGUUGGAGAUGCUCUAAGGGCCUCAUAAUUAAAAACAUGUUUUUGCUUAAUCACUAGUAUAUGAUGAGUUAAGAAUUAAGAUGGAUAACAAAAUAUAAUUGUAAAAAUAUUAUGAAUAAUUUAUGUAUUUAUUUUGAGUUUUUUUUAUCAAAGCUUUGUGUUUUAAUUUUGAGUAGAUAACAUGACAUUAUAAAAAUAGCUUAUAAUAGAGUAAAAAUAAAAUGACACUCCUAUAUGUUAAAAUACACAAGAAUCUAUGCUAUAAAUUCAAUAUGUGAGAACAACAUAAUUUUGAUUUCUCUAUUCUGUAAAUAUAUAAACUAAUAAUGUAUGGGUAUUCGUUGCAAUAUUACUCUAGAAAUAAAAUAAACAAAUCUUUAUUCCCUUAUAAUUCUUUGAAACUCCAGAGCGAUGCUCCUGGAUUCCAUCAGUAUCCAGCCUCCCUUUCAAAGUCUUAUAAUCAAAAAUUAAUUCCGAUCACCAAUAAAACUUCUUCUUUUGGUAAAAAAAAAACUUCUGAUAAUCUAAUAAAAGUUCUGGUAUAUAAAUCAAAAAUUGAUUCCACAGUAGCCAACGCGAGUAGAGGUACAGAUUUUAAGGUGGGACCUACGAUUUGUUUGCUGUCAAUAGUAUAGUAUUAAUUACAGCUUUUUUAUAUUAGCAUAUAUUUGAAAAAUAUUGACGCUAACAACAAAAUAGAAAAACGAAGGAUUGCGUAAUUAAUGGACCAAGGAUUUAGAAAAUUUAUCCAUGACGACAUGUCCGUUUUGGAUUUACAAUUUAGUAUUUAUCUAUUUUAUUAUACCAUAUGGUAAACAACAUUUAAAUACAACAUACAUAAAAAUAUAAGAUUUAUACAGUUUUCAAAAGUCGAAACCAACUAGAUCACUUAUUCUAGACAUAUGUCACAAUAAACCCAUUUUUUCUUUUCUUUAAAUGGAUAGAUUAUGUUUAAAAAGGACGAGAGUUAUUACAUAUUUUAAACAAAGUACAUAGAAAAAUAAAAUAAAAAGGAGAAAGAAAAAGCAGAGAGAAUAAAAAGGGGAAGGGAAGAGAAGAGAAGAGGGGGAUGUUGACAAAAAAAUUCAGGUCUGGUUUGUUUAUGUGUUUUUUGGGAUCUUUCCUUUUUUCUCUAUAAACACAACCAAAAGAAGCAGACGAAGAAGAAGAAGAAAAACAAAGCAGAGUUCUUUUUUUUUUUUUUGUUUGGUGAGACAGGGAGAGAGAGAAAGAGUGGCCCAGUAGAUCGAAGAUGACGAUGAUCUAUUUUCUUUUCUUCCAUUAAUAGUGUUUUCCGCUAUAACCAUUAUAUACACAGAGAAUAUAGACUCCAAAAUUUUCUUACUUUUGCCUUUUGAUUCAGAGCCUUUUUUAUUUUCCUUCUAAUUUCACUUUGUUGAAACUUCGUAAAGUCUUCAUUUUUUGAUCUUCUGAAGACGAGUUGGCGAUAAGAGGAUGUGCGUUUGAGUAAUGGGAACAAAGAUUCACCGUGAAAGCUUAUUCCCUGGACAUCAUCACUCUAUGAGAGAUCCCAACAACGAAUCCAACGGUUGUAGAUGGCCAUUGUUCUAUGCUGACAAUAAAGCCUCUGCGAAUGAUCAAUUCUACAAUGACAAAGAUGUGGUGAGAAGGACAAUGCUCGAACACGAAGCUGUUUUUAAGGCUCAGGUUAUGGAACUUCACAGAGUAUACAGGAUACAAAGGGAUAUGAUGGAUGAACUGAAAAGGAAACAGUUUAACAAAGAAUUCGAGGCAUCAUGCUCAUCUCAAGCUACUAAUGAUGAUCUCCGUAAAUGGAAAAUACCUAGUUUCCCUGUGGCAAACUCGGUUUACGACAGACCAUCCAUGUCAGUAGUGGAGGAUAAUGGCCAUUCUCCCAUGAAAGGAAGCUAUUGUCAAGGGGUGUUGGAGGUCAGACCGACGAAAAUGAGGAGAAAGAUGAUAGAUCUUUGUCUUCCUGCUGAUGAGUACACUGAGGAAGUUGUGGAGUUGAAAGAUCACAGAGUUAGUCAGCUUCCUAAUGGAGAUGUGAAGACUGGGUAUGGGUCAAGUAGUAGAACCAAUGGCUUGGCUGAUUUGAAUGAACCAUUUAAGGCUCAAGACACAAACGAGUUUGCUUAUGGCCACUCGGGCAGUGUAAGGGAGCAUGAUCCUGGGAAAGUCUGGCCACAGCAUCAGCCCUUAAGAACUAGUAAGAUGAUCCACCAAGUUGUAAAUGCAGAUCAUUACAGUGGCACACAUAAGUAUGCUACUCCAUCUAAGCCACUGGAGUCAUCCUCUCAGGCUAUGCAAGUGUUUGUGAACAGUUCACAAAGAGGAAUGGGUUUACCUAACUCUGGUCCUCCUCCAAGCAAGGCAGUCUUGUGGAGAGAAAGGACGUUUAUUGACCUAGAAGCGGAUACUGAUACUAACACUUGCCAUGAAGUUGCUUCUCAUCAACCGCAACGCCACUUGUAUCCUCCAUAUAACACUCCAGCUUCUGCUCUCCAUAUGCAUUCCUCUUGGCAAAACCCUACCUUUGGCUUCCCUCAGAGAGUUGUUGUUGCUUCAGAGCAGAAACAAGGGUGUCUGGGAGAUAGAUUACAGUUUGAAAACAAUGCUAGAUAUAACAACCACAACAUGGUUUACAAUGAGUGUUCUUCUUCUUUGUCGAAAUCGAAAUUCUCUGGGAGUGGAUAUAGUUAUCCUAACGGAGGAAGAAGUGAUCACAGGCCGGAGGUGAAGUUUGUGAGAGAUUUGAACUUGAAUGUGACACUUCCAUCAAACACUUGUGUUGUUGAGGUUAGAAAGGAUGAAGCUACUUUACCAUGGCUUGUUAAAACCAAGUCUGCUUGUAACUCUGAUGUGGCUGAUGGGAGAUGGAAUCUGAACAGUAAUGAUGCUGUAGAGACUGAGAAGUUCAACAUUCCUAGAGAUGAAUGCAAUGCAGAAAGAGAUAAAGUCCAUAAAGUUAGGAUGAUGUUAGACAUCAAUGAACCUUGUGAGCCACUUUCGGAUGAAGAUCAGCAAAUGGAGGAGGAACAGACAGGGACAAAGGCUUCGGUUAGUAACAAGUGUCAUAUUGAUUUGAACAUGUCGGUUAGUGAAGAAGAAGAUGAGAACUGGUCUGUUCCUCCCACCAGUUCAAGACUGAGCUCAAAGAGAAUCAUGAUAGAUUUGGAAACUGUUCCCGAGUCUGAUAUUGAAGAAGACGAUGUCUCUGGAGAAAAACCUCCAGAAGAGUCCCAAACUCUUGAGAAACCGCCUGAGUUUGAAAAAAUAGCAGCAGAAACAAUAGUUGCCAUCUCUUUAGCUUGCCUAGACAGAGAGGUUGAAGUCGUUGCUUCAUCAGAAACAAUGAUCCUUCACUGGUUUGCAGAAACAGUAGAGAACCUGGACCAAAAGCUAGCUUCUGUCACAAGGAACCAAGCGCCUUCUAUAGAAGAGAUGGAUUACUUCGAGUCAAUGACCCUGCAACUACCUGAGACCACAGAAGAAGAGUACACGCCUAAGCCAUUAGUCCCUGAAGACCUCGUAUUGGAGGAAACCUCUGUGGUCAUCACGAGCCAAAGACCAAGAAGAGGAAACGCUAGAAAGGGAAAGCAAAGACGAGACUUCCAGAGAGACAUUCUCCCCGGACUUGUGUCUCUUUCGAAACACGAAGUGACAGAAGACAUACACAUGUUCGAUGGGUUCAUGAGAGCAGCAACGGGAAGCUCCUGGACUCCAGCCGGUUUAGCGAGGAAGAAAACCGGGUCAAGAGGUAGACCGAGACGGGUCGUCACAAUCCCUGAACCGGUUUAUUAUCCCUCGGUUCAACAACAUGUGGGGAACAACAAUGGUGAGAUUGAAGAUAGAAGCUUUGCAGGUUGGGGUAAAAUGACAAGAAGGCCGAGGAGACAACGUUGUCCUUCUUCUUCAACUGUAACUACUACUAGUAACCAACGUCACGCGCCUUUCACGUGAUAUAUUUGUAACCAUAAUAUAUCAUUCCUGUUUGUUUUCUUCAAAAUGUUGUCGUAUAGAGAGAUAUAAUAUCAGACCGUGAUUUUCAUAGAGGAGUUUUUUAAUUUCCGGUUGGGUGAUAUAGAUGAAGAUAUUUUUUAUUCAAAUAAUCACUUUUUGUAUUA